GAAUUAUUUAAUCAAUUAUUUUGAGAUGUUCCCUCUGUUUUAUAAUACAUCCGCUUAUCCCCUGGUCUCUUGACACCUUCCAAGUAUUUAGGUAACAAAAUCCUAUCAGAGUGCUAGACCCUGGAACAUUUAGGCCCACAUAGGGUCACAAUAACACAAUUCUGACCUUAAUACCCUGGGAUGUCAGUAUUGGCACCCUGUUUGUAAAACCUGAUACAAUAUAUAAGGUCGAACAGAGUCAGCUAAACAUUCAACUUCUCAGGAAAGGAAAAGAGACAAGAUUGAAUUGAGGAUGAAUAUGUUGGGACUUGUCUUUUGUCAGGUUUUAAGCUGCAUUGGCUUAAUUGGUGCUGCUGUAAGCAAUAAUAGAGACGUCAUGGGUUAUCUCGAGGAAAAUGGCUACAUGGGGCCAGAAAUGACACAGAGAGAUUCAGUCAUGAUGUUUCAACGUUUCACUGGUCUUCCAAUGACAGGUGUUGUUGACCAAAGAAGCAUGGAAAUGAUGAACAAACCACGAUGUGGGAUGCCAGAUAUACAAGUUUUAGCUGAAUUUAAGACAGCCCCCACAAAAUGGAUUCAGAAAAGACUUUCCUACCAGAUUAUUAAUCGUUCUCCAGAUCUUCCAAGAAGUGUUGUUGAUCAGGUCCUCGCAGAAAGCUUCAAGAUAUGGAGCGAUGUGACAAGUCUAAGAUUCAAUCGAGUAAAUACUGAAGAUGCAGAUUUAAAAAUUAGAUUUGCAUCUGGUGCACAUAGUAACUCUCAGUAUGACGGAGCCUUUGAUGGACGUGGUAAUGUUCUAGCACACGCUUUUUUCCCAAGAGAUGGCCGUAUACAUUUUGAUGAAGAUGAAGACUGGACUGAUAAAACAUUAAGAGGGACGAAUCUACUAUGGGUAGCUGUACAUGAGAUAGGGCAUGCCCUAGGCCUAGAACAUAGUGAAGUGACAAGAGCAAUAAUGUUUCCAUAUUACAGCGGAUACAACCCAAAUUUCCAUCUACACACAGAUGAUAUUGCAGGCAUCAGAAGUCUCUAUGGAAACAAUGAUGACUGGAUGGACACUAUUAGAUCACGAUGCUUUACUCCCCAUCGUGCACUCAAGAUAGUAAAGGAUGUGACAAGCCUGCAAGCCUGUAAGGACGCAUGCAAACAAGAGCAAUCAUUUGGUUGUCUGGCUGUUGAUUAUAAUGAACGUGAAAAAGAAUGCAGACUAUCCAGUACCUAUCACAGGAACUCAAGACGCAGAUACUGCCGUGGAUAUGUCUCCACGGAGAGGAAAACAGGGGCUUUCCCAUGGACCGACAAGCGCAGUGCAUGUAUAAUCGGACACGAUGAUGCAAUUGUGGACAAUGCCCAAUGCUACCAGACCUGCAAGGUGAAAUGCUAUGAAGAGACAUCAUUUGUUUGUCUCUCGUUUGAAUUUGAAUCUGCCAUUAAGCAAUGCCGUUUGUCGAGGAAGAAUUCAUCGAGUGCAUCCCUGAUGAGACCUUGUCCUAAUAGAGGAGUUCGAUACUUUGAACGGCAACAAGGAUAAUCAACAAAACAUGAUUUGGAAGAAAUAAGAUGAAAAAUGAUGGACCAGAUACUUAGGGAUAGUGACCACAUAAAGGGGUACUACCCUGAUCAAAAACAUACAUUUCCUUUAAUAUUCAAUACUCUGACAGAGUAUGACAAGAGCUGGAGCUGGCUGAGAAACAAAACUAAAUGUACAUGUACUUUAUAUUAUGAAGAUCAUGUAUUAUUGUACUGUUAUAAAAAAUAUGAUAUAACAUGCCCGUAGUCAGAUUUUGCCAAGGGGGGUUCACUUUUCAAAAAAUUCCAGGGGGUUUCACAAUCACAUUUGACAAC